AUGGCCGAUAACGAGGAUGUAGGUGCCUCUGUCUCAGAGCCCCUAGAUCUUGUCCGUCUUUCUCUCGAUGAGAUUGUUUUCGUGAAGCUUCGCGGUGAUCGUGAACUUAAGGGCCGCCUCCACGCAUAUGACAGCCACUGCAAUCUAGUGUUAGGCGAUGUUGAGGAGACUAUCUACGUGGUAGAGGAGGAUGAGAAUGAGGAGGAAGUCACACGCACAAUCAAGAAGCAAGAAGAAAUGCUGUUCGUACGAGGCGAUUCCGUCGUUUUGAUCUCCCCCCAGGCUUGA